UAAAAAACCCGGGCGAGGCGCGGCGGUGUACACAGCAGCUCCGAGCCACGGGCGAGAGGCUGCAGGAGGAGCGAGAGCCCGGCUGCCCGACAGCAACAUGCAGGGAACCAUGAGGUUGUGGCUGUCCGUGCUGACUUUUGCCCUGUCCUUGCUGAUCUGCUUGGGGACGCUGGCAGAGGCUUAUCCAUCCAAACCGGACAAUCCUGGAGAGGAUGCGCCAGCAGAGGACAUGGCUAGAUACUACUCGGCGCUGAGGCACUACAUCAAUCUCAUCACAAGGCAGAGAUAUGGAAAGAGAUCAAGCCCAGAGACACUGAUUUCUGAUCUUUUGUUGAGAGAAAGCACAGAAAAUAUUCCUCGAUCUAGGUUUGAAGACCCUUCUAUGUGGUGAUGGAAAUUACAAUGCAUCGUCAACCUUUUGCUAGUUUUCAAUCCAUAUCUCAUUGCUCUAAGAUAAAUUGGAGUUUAACAUUCCUCAGUGCAUGCAGUCAUUGUACUGAAUUCUGUAGAGUUUCCUGUUGUCAUACUUGUAUAUACAUUUAUUUAAAUAAAUUAUUUGUGCAUUCCAAAAUGUAACAUACUAAAUGAAAAACAAUGACACUGUUACUGGUAAAGAUUUGUUUUAAACUAUUAAAAUUGAACUACAACCUCCCUGCAGUCUAAAGUAGCACGCACAGUGAUAAUUUCACAAAUAUUACAGUAAUUGUUGCAACAAGUUAGAUAAUGACAACUUUUACUUAAGUCUUUAAGCCAACUUCACCAUUUUGAUUAAUACAAAGUUAUUUAAGUUUCAUAACAUUUAUUAUACACUACAUGAUUUAGGAAAAAUAAAGUGGCUUGAAUACUGUGUUUUCUUAUAA